AGCAGCCUCACCUCCUCUGAUACCAGGACCUCACCACGGCUCAUCGUUCGAGUCUCCCUUCUAUCUCCUCUCCGUUGUUCUGCGCCGUGGGGCUUUGAUCGUUCCGUAAUCGCAGCAUUGCAGGCAAUAUGGUUGCCUCCGCCGUCCGAAUGCGCGCCCCCAGCGCCAUGUUGUCCAGAGGCGCCUCCUGCUUGAGGUCCCAGGCUGGCCUCGCCGCCCGCCCUCAAUUGCCCGCCUUUGCCGCUCUUUCCCGCUACUACGCGUCCAAGUCUUUCCCUCCCCACCAGAUCAUCAGUAUGCCUGCCCUGUCGCCGACAAUGCUUGCUGGAAACAUCGGGGCGUGGCAAAAGAAGGCUGGUGAUGCCCUCCAGCCCGGUGAUGUGCUCGUGGAGAUUGAGACCGAUAAAGCUCAGAUGGACUUUGAGUUCCAAGAAGAAGGUGUCCUGGCCAAGGUGCUGAAGGAGACUGGCGAGAAGGAGGUUCCCGUUGGCACGCCCAUCGCUGUGCUGGUCGAGGAAGGUGCCGACGUUUCCGCCUUCGAGUCCUUCACCGCGGAGGACGCUGGCGGUGACAAGGCCCCUGCGCAAGCCGAGAAGAGCCAGGAGGCCGAGUCCAAGCCUGCCGACAAUGCUGCCCCCGAGGCUCCCGCCCCUGAGCCCACCGCCGAGGAGCCCGAGACUUCCGGCGAGCGGCUGCAGCCCAGUCUUGACCGCGAGGCUGCCAUCAGCCCUGCCGCCAAGGCUCUGGCUCUGGAGAAGGGUGUCCCGAUCAAGGCUCUCAAGGGUACCGGACGUGGUGGUCAGAUCACCAAGGAGGAUGUUGAGAAAUACAAGCCCAGCGCCCCUGCUGCCGCCGCCGGACCGACCUACGAGGAUAUCCCCCUCAGCUCGAUGCGCAAGACCAUUGCCAGCCGGCUCCAGCAGUCCGCUCGGGAGAGCCCCCACUUCUUCGUUUCCACCACUCUGUCUGUUAGCAAGCUCCUCAAGCUUCGCCAGGCACUCAAUGCCUCCGCCGAGGGCAAGUACAAGAUCUCUGUCAAUGACUUCCUGAUCAAGGCCUGCGCUACUGCUCUGCAGAAGGUUCCUGCUGUCAACUCCAGCUGGCGCGAGGAGAACGGCCAGACGGUGAUCCGUCAGCACAACACUGUUGACAUCAGCGUUGCCGUUGCCACCCCCUCGGGUCUCAUUACCCCCAUUGUCAAGAACGUCCAGGGUCUGGGCCUGUCCGGCAUCUCCAACCAGGUCAAGGACCUUGGCAAGCGUGCUCGUGACAACAAGCUGAAGCCCGAUGAGUACCAGGGCGGUACUUUCACCAUCAGCAACAUGGGCAUGAACCCCGCUGUUGAGCGCUUCACCGCCGUCAUCAACCCUCCCCAGGCUGGUAUCCUCGCCGUCGGGACCGUCCGCAAGGUUGCCGUCCCUGUCGAGACCGAGGAGGGCACCGCUGUUGAGUGGGAUGACCAGAUCAUCGUCACUGGCAGCUUUGACCACCGGGUUGUUGAUGGUGCUGUCGGUGCCGAAUGGAUCAAGGAGUUGAAGAAGGUUGUUGAGAACCCGCUGGAGCUCCUCCUGUAAACACCCUACAUUGUCAUGGCUUCCUGGGACAUUUGGCGAACUCUCCGGGUGUAACUAUUUACCAACGGGAGCCUUCCGUGCC